AUGGCCCCUUCAGCCACUUCCGUCGAGCCCUCCAGCGCUCAGGUCGCCGUCCUAACUGCCAAGAAGGCCAAUGGCGCUGAGACCAAGGCCAAUGGCCAGACCAAGACUAUCGAGAGCAUGAUGGGGAAGUGGGAUACCUUCACGUUCAACCCUAUCCGGGAGAGUCAGGUUUCGCGUGCUAUGACCCGUCGCUACUUCUCGGAUCUUGACACUUAUGCCGAGUCUGACAUUGUCAUCAUUGGAGCCGGAUCUUGCGGUCUCAGUGCCGCGUACACUCUCGGAAAGGCUCGUCCGGACUUGAAGAUUGCUAUCAUUGAAGCUGGCGUUUCUCCUGGUGGAGGCGCCUGGCUUGGUGGGCAACUCUUCUCUGCCAUGGUCAUGCGUAAGCCUGCUGAGGUAUUCCUUGACGACAUUGGCGUCCCAUACGAGGACGAGGGCAACUUUGUUGUCGUCAAGCAUGCCGCACUGUUCACGUCCACGGUGUUGUCAAAGGUGCUGCAAUUCCCCAAUAUUAAGCUCUUCAAUGCCACAGCUGUUGAGGAUCUGAUCACCCGCCCCAGCGCUGGCGAGGAGGACGGCGUCCGCAUCGCUGGUGUCGUGACCAACUGGACACUGGUCUCGAUGCAUCACGAUGACCAGUCUUGCAUGGAUCCCAACACCAUCAACGCCCCGCUUGUCAUCUCUACUACCGGACACGAUGGCCCAUUUGGCGCUUUCUCCGUCAAGCGCCUCGUUAGCAUGAAGCAGCUUGAACAGUUGGGCGGCAUGCGUGGACUUGACAUGGCAUCGGCUGAGGAUGCCAUCGUCAAGGGCACCCGCGAGAUCGUUCCUGGACUGAUCGUCGGUGGCAUGGAACUCUCCGAAGUGGAUGGAGCCAACCGCAUGGGCCCGACCUUUGGUGCAAUGGCUUUGAGCGGUGUCAAGGCCGCUGAGGAGGCUCUCAAGGUCUUUGACUUGAGGAAGGCCGAGAAUGAGCAUUAA